AUGGCCUCUCCCAAGCCUCGAAAUUACACUUUGCUGGGAAGAAAUGGCAAAGUGGUUAUUUUGGCUGACACCGUUGAGCCACAACAGGACGAAGACCUCAGCGGGUCCAUUUCAGUCAGCCAAUGCUGCCCAUUAACAACAAAUGAUCUUCUUAUGGCGAUUCGUGAAAGAUAUCAACAGAGCAGGAAGUUGCUUCUCAAAGUCGCCGCAAAGCACAAUCUUCUUUCAUCAAUCACUCCUUAG